CACGACUCUCUUCGGGAGGGUCCCACUCGAUCUCUCUCUCUCUUUACGACUUGCUUUUCCUGCUCUCGACAGCUCUCGAUGAUGGCGGAUUCAAAUGCAAUGCUGCAACUCUUAUCUAGCUCUUCCUUACUCCUUUUUUAAGUUCUUUUGAGUGUUGGAGCUAUUUUUCUACUUUCCUUUAAUGGCUAUCUGCAGCUCUCUUUCUCUUCUUCCUUCGUCUAGGUUCUCCUCAAUUCAGCUUGUCCCUCACAAAGUUUGUAACCUUUCAUCUGUUUCAUCUACCGCCAGCACCGUAAGUUACAUUGCUGGCUCUCUAACUGGUUUGAAAUCCCAAACCGAGAGGAGAAUGUCCGAGCGAAGAUUUUCGAACGACGAUGUUACUGCAGAUCUCGUUGGAGUUGGAGACGAUUUGCCAGAAGACUAUGGAGAAUGGUUUCCGAAGGCGGACCCGAAAGAUCAGAGGAGAGCCGGUGUGCUGCUUCAUCCGACAUCGUUGCCAGGACCAUACGGCAUCGGAGAUCUCGGUGAAGAGAUCUUUCGCUUCUUGGAUUGGCUUCACGAAGCUGGUUGCACCAUUUGGCAGGUCCUCCCACUUGUCCCACCAGGAAGGAAGGCUAAUGAAGAAGGAUCACCCUACGCUGGGCAGGAUGCAAAUUGUGGUAACACCCUUCUGAUUUCUCUUGAAGAGUUAGUCAAGGAUGGCUUGCUGAUGAAGGAUGAGCUUCCAGAACCAAUGGAUGCUGAGCAUGUCAAUUUCUCAACUGUUGCUAAAAUAAAGGACCCUAUGAUAGCAAAGGCUGCAGAGAGGCUCAUUCUGAGUGAAGGAGAACUCAAAAAUGAACUUGAAGAAUUUCGCAAAGACCCUGAAAUAUCAGGCUGGCUAGAAGAUGCAGCUUAUUUUGCAGCUAUUGACAAUGCUCUAAAUACUUUCACUUGGAAUGAUUGGCCUGAACCUUUAAAAAACCGCCAUCUUGUAGCCUUGGAGGAAAUUUACCAAACCCAAAGAGACUUCAUAAACAUAUUCAUUGCCCAACAGUUCUUAUUUCAAAGGCAAUGGCAGAAAGUUCGCAACUAUGCACAUAUGAAGGGAAUCAGUAUAAUGGGAGAUAUGCCUAUAUAUGUAGGAUAUCAUAGUGCGGAUGUCUGGGCAAAUAAGAGGCUAUUUUUAUUGAGCAGGAGUGGUUUUCCUCUUCUUGUCAGUGGUGUUCCACCAGAUGCCUUCAGUGAAACUGGUCAACUUUGGGGCAGUCCUCUAUAUGAUUGGAAAGCCAUGGAGAAUGAUGGAUUUGUGUGGUGGAUACAGAGAAUAAGGCGUGCAUAUAAUCUGUAUGAUGAAUUCAGAAUAGAUCAUUUUCGAGGAUUUGCUGGCUUUUGGGCUAUUCCUUCUGAAUCAAAGAUUGCUAUGGUCGGAAGAUGGAAGGCUGGACCAAGGAAAGCAUUAUUUGAUGCCAUCUUCAGAGCUGUUGGAAAGAUCAAUAUAAUAGCAGAAGACUUGGGAGUAAUCACAGAGGAUGUAGUUCAGCUAAGGAAAGCUAUUGGUGCACCUGGAAUGGCUGUUCUCCAGUUUGCAUUUGGAAGUGGCUCAGAUAACCCUCAUUUACCUCAUAAUCAUGAGCGUGACCAAGUAGUAUAUACUGGGACUCAUGAUAAUGACACGGUUCGAGGUUGGUGGGAAAACUUGAAUCAGGAGGAGAAGACCAAUGUCUUGAAGUACCUUUCAAUAAGUGAAGAAGAAGAUAUUUCAUGGUCUCUGAUUCGGGUUGCAAUGUCUUCAGUGGCCCAAGUUGCCAUCAUACCCAUGCAAGACGUUCUUGGUUUAGGAAGUUCUGCUAGGAUGAAUACUCCAGCAACACAGUUCAGGAAUUGGAAUUGGAGGAUACCGAGCUCAAUUAAUUUUAAUGUCUUGGAGCUAGAAGCAAAGAAACUAAGGGAUAUUCUGUCAAUGUAUGGAAGGCUUUGAUCUGAGACAGCAGCAACCUGUUCACCAGACUGUGAUUCACCUUGAACCAUGGGCUGCUCUUGAAUACCUGUAUAAACUCUAUGUAUGAGCAUGGAUGUACGUCGAUAUGUAAAUCAGCUUUAGGUCAAAAGGCGACCUGCAGUAUUUGAAUAAUGUGUUGUAUUGGAUCUAUGAAUAAGAUGACUGGUUAUGAGAGUUCCUUGGGUUUCAGCAAA